CUAGGGGGGAUAAAAACAGUGAUGAAUAAUGAAUGGCAGCCGCCGGCCGUCCAGUGCACCGGCCGUUCUGUGAUCCUCCAGAACCCACAGAUUACCAGUCCGCCCCUGGCCUUUUGGCAAUUUCUAUCAUGUCUUUUAAUGGCUGCACUUCAUCUCGCAAUUCAGUUUGACUUGAAGGUAGUUCGUUAGUGUGUCCAAUUAUAAAUUAAAAAGGUCAUUUGAUAAAAUGAACUUGCCGAUGCAAUCUUUGAGUCAGGGAACAUUUCUUUUGCUAAUUUUGAGAAGUGAUCAGCCAUAGUUGCGGGCAAAUUGUAUUCGGCAACAAAUUGGCGGAAUAAAAAAUCCGCUUUUGUCACUUUUCAUUCUGCAGACUUCAUCUUUAUGACCAGUGUUGUUAAUCUUACUUUUAAAAAGUAAUUAACUAGUUACAAAUUACUUCUCCCAAAAAUAAUUGCGUUAGCAACUCAGUUACCUUAAUGUAAGACUAAUUAGUUACCUGGCGAAGUAAAUGGUGUUAGCUUUCAUGUUUUUUUUUUUUCAUACAAAAACAAAACAAAAAAAAACCCCAAAACCAUAGUAACUAGGGCUGUCAAAUUUAUCGCGUUAAUGGGUGGUAAUGGAAUUUUCUAAUUAAUCACGUUAGAGACCAAAUGUGAAGUAAUUUCAUAAAAUGCCAAAUAGGGUCACAAUUAAAGUAAUUAAACAUUGUCCAACAAAUAAAGCAUGAAAAAAAUCAUUUAUAUGUUGUAUAUUUGACAAAAUAAUCGCGCUUCCGAAGUUCGAGCCUGGAAGUGAUACGUCACACCGAGAACAGCGAUGGCAGCGCUCCAUAUGGCCGCCCUACAAAGCCCUUCAAACAAUGAUUCAAAGACCGAUAUAAGCGAUAGAUCGAGCGCAAGAGAGGAGAUCCAAGUUUUUGAAGAGUUGGAGGAAGAGGAGGAGGUUGGAAUUUUAUGUUGGACCAUACAUGUAUUAGCCAGACGCUAAUCAGGAUGCAAACAAUGUGCCCAGACUACAUGACAUGGAAUGGAGACAAAACCCAUCGAGAUUACAAGAUUGAUGUCAGCCGAGCCCCAAGUGCUGAGCACCAGGAGUCUGCAUGCAUCAAGGAGGAAGUAGAUGGAGAAGAGUUCAUACACAUUAAAGGUUUCAGAAUAUAUCUUGGUGCUGACGGGCAGGAGCCAGAAUCUCCUGGCGUUAAUGAGGAUGUUGAGCGCCCCCAAAUCAAAGCGGAGGAGCCAAUGCCCUGUCAACAGAUGCAACUUCAAAUCAAAAAGGAGGAGGAAGAGCUGCCAUACGUUGAAGAGGAGGAGCAUAUCACCAGGUCGACUGGUGAGCCCUUAAAGAGUGAAGAUGGUCCAAGUGACGCCAGCAGAGAAGCAGAGCCCCUGGGGAGCAGCAGCAGCUCAACAGAAGGAUUGCAAGCAGACAUUUUCAUCGCUCUGUCCGACAGAAAUGGUGCCACAUCACACUCACCUUGCAAUGAUGAUGGUCAUAAGAAAUCUCACUGUGACGACAAACUCUGCAAAUGCUCUCAGUGUGGGAAAACCUUUGCUCAUAAGCAAAGUCUUCGUAUGCAUAUGAGGAAGCACACUGGCGAAAAACCUUUUUCCUGCUCUGUUUGUGGUAAAAGAUUCAGUCGAAAUACCACCUUAAAAGAACACACAAGAACCCACACUGGCGAAAAACCUUUUGUCUGCACUGUUUGUGGUCAAAGAUUCAGUCAACAGAACGCCUUAAAACAACACACAAGAACCCACACUGGUGAAAAACCUUUUGUCUGCUCUGUUUGUGGUCAAAGAUUCAGUCAACAGAACGCCUUAAAACAACACGCAACAAACCACACUGGCGAAAAACCUUUUUCCUGCUCUGUUUGUGGUAAAAGAUUCAGUCGAAAUAGCACUUUAAAACAACACAUAAGAACCCACACUGGCGAAAAACCUUUUGUCUGCUCUGUUUGUGGCCAAAGAUUCACUGAAAAUCAAAGCUUAAAAAUACACACCAGAAUCCACACUGGUGAAAAACCAUUUUCCUGCUCUGUUUGUGGUCAAAGAUUCAGACAACAGAACGCCUUAAAACAACACACAAGAACCCACACUGGCGAAAAACCAUUUUCCUGCUCUGUUUGUGGUCAAAGAUUCAGUCACAAGAGCGCCUUAAAUGUACACACAAGAACACACACUGGUGAAAAACCUUUUUCCUGCUUGGUUUGUGAUCAAAGAUUCAGUCACAAGGGCAGAUUAAAAGAACACACAGGAACCCACACUGGCGAAAACCCUUUUGUCUGCGCAGUUUGUGGUCAAGGAUUCACUGAAAAGCAAAACUUAAGAAGACACACAAGAACCCACACUGGUGAAAAACCUUUUUCCUGUUCCGUUUGUGGUCAAGGAUUCAGUCAAAAGAGCACCUUACAAGGACACACAAGAACCCACACUGGCGAAAAACCAUUUUCCUGCUCUGUUUGUGGCCAAAGAUUCAGUCACAAGAGCGCCUUGAAUGUACACACAAGAACCCACACUGGUGAAAAACCUUUUUCCUGCUCAGUUUGUGAUCAAAGAUUCAGUCACAAGGGCAGAUUAAAAGAACACACAGGAACCCACACUGGCGAAAAAGCUUUUGUCUGCUCAGUUUGUGGUCAAGGAUUCACUGAAAAGCAAAACUUAAGAAGACACACAAGAACCCACACUGGCGAAAAACCUUUUUCCUGCUCAGUUUGUGGUCAAAGAUUCAGUCAAAAGACCACCUUAGUAGGACACACAAGAACCCACACUGGCGAAAAACCAUUUUCCUGCUGCGUUUGUGGUCAAAGAUUCGCCUGGAAGGAACGGGUGAAGAGACACGUGUGUGUUGAUGUGAGAAGCAGUGACAAAUGACUGUUUGCCUGUCAUCCAUGCUGGCUUCAUCAGAUGUUUUGCACACGGGAUGUUUGUAUUCCGUAGAGCUUCCUUAAAUUUGUUGAGGUUUGAUAUUAUAAUUUUAUAUUGAAUUUGAAACUGAAUGUGUAUUGAAUAUUUGAAACUAUUAGAUCAUUCAUAAAUGUCAUUCAAUAAAUAUGGAAAAUUUGAAUAUAUUGUUCAAAACUGCAAAAAUUAUAAUUAAAAAAAAAAUCUAAAAUUCUGAGAUUUUUGUGGGGGAAUUAAUGUAUCAAUAAUUUUUAAAAACUA